GGAAUCGCUUAGUCUCCUGCGCUACCAUUAUCUUUUAUUUAAAGCUUAAAGUACUCCAAUCGUCUGCACUUAUACCCCUCUCCUACGUUUCGUUCCCUUCAUCUUGUAGCGUUUAUCCCAACCCUUCCAGUACUACUACUACUCCCAACAUGGCUCCAUACAACGUGAAGUGGGGUAUCCUGGCUACUGGCUGGAUCGCUGAUGUCUUCGUCCGCGACCUUCUCCGCGACCCCGCAGCCCGCGACGCUUCCGACGUUUCCCACACCGUCGUCGCAGUCUCGUCCUCCUCCUCGGCCUCGCGCGCCGAGAAAUUCAUCUCAGAAACAGGCAUUCCCUCCCCCUGCGCGGCUUACGGCUCAUAUGAAGACCUCGUCGCCGACCCCAACGUCGACGUCGUCUACGUCGCAACACCGCACUCACACCAUUUCCAGAAUGUCAUGCUCGCCCUGGAAGCUGGGAAGAACGUCCUCUGCGAGAAGGCGUUCACGGUGAAUGCGGCGCAGACGCGCAUCCUCGUUGAGACAGCGCGGAAGAAGAAUCUGUUCCUCAUGGAGGCCGUUUGGACGCGGUAUUUCCCGCUUAGUAUUGAGGUCCGCGAGUUGAUCAAGGCGGGACGCAUUGGCGAGGUGCUGCGUGUUACCGCGGAUAAUAGCUUUGGUGACAAGCCUGAGGAGAAGUUUGGGACGGAGCAUCGCAUGGUUAAUAAGGAUUUGGCGGGAGGGGCGUUGCUUGAUUUGGGCAUCUACUCCCUGACCUGGGUCUUCCAAACCCUCUACCACACCCUCCCCAAGGAGCAGAGGAAGCCCCCCUCCCGAGUCUCCGCGCACAUUACGCCCUACCACCUCACGGGCGCCGACGAGGCAACCACCAUCCUACUGUCCUUCCCGACCAGCACGCCCUUGAACCCCGAGCAUCCAGGUGAAUCCCAGGCUGUUGCGUCGACUCAUCUUCGUGUCUGGACAGACCCAGAUCAGCAGAACUCUGCCCGUCCUGCGAUUCGUAUCCAGGGUACGAAGGGUGAGAUCCAGGUUGAUGGACCAGCGUUCCGCCCAGAGGUCUAUCGACUUAUCCCGGCAAAGGGAGAAGGGGAAAUCCAGGAGAAGAAGUUCACUUUCCCAGCUGAUGGUAAGGGGAUGUAUUGGGAGGCUGAUGAGGUGGCAAGGUGUUUGCGCGAUGGAAAGUUGGAGAGUGAAACGCUCUCUUGGGAGGAGAGCGUUGUCAUCAUGGACGUGAUGGAUGAGGCGAGAAGGCAGAACGGGCUGACUUAUCCAGAGAAGAUUGAGUCUACUGUCUAUCCUACUCAGCUGUAGAAGUUUAGGAGUUCUAGGCUUAUUUAGGGUUGAACCAAAAUAAGGGCGGGUUGAGUUUUAUUCCCAAACAUGGGCUCAAAGUAUUGUACAAAACAAGUGCUCCCAGACAGAAGGAAGCCAAUUACAAUUCUCCAGUAUAACCGCUCGUGUCACUGUGUCAGGAAUCGUGGCAAACAACACGCGCACAGCUUUUAAACAUGACUGCGUUUAGUAAACAAAGGAAAUGAUCUAGUUGUUCUGGAAGACUCCCAGAAGGCUCUUCCACACCUGACCAGGCUCCUGGCUAGCGUCAAUGCCGCGCCAGAUACCGGUCUUCUUGUAGUAGUCACAAACAGGCGCGGUUUGGGCGUGGUAUGUGGCCAAGCGCUUCUUCAGUGUCUCGGCGUUGUCGUCGGAGCGCUGGAUCAGAGGCUCACCGGUGAUGUCGUCCUUCAUCUCCUCCUUGGGAGGGUUGAAGAUCUUGUGGUAUGACCGACCGGAAGCAGGGUGGACAAGACGGCCGGUGAUACGCGCAACGAGGAGAGCAUCGUCGAUCUGGAGCUCAACGGCGUGCUGAAGCUUCUGGCGGCUAGCUUCAAGCAUAUCAUCGAGACGCUCGGCCUGGGCAACAGUACGAGGGAAUCCGUCAAGGAUGAAACUAACACACGUCAGCCUUGGCUUACCAGAAAUCAUGACAAAAUACGCACCCGUUCUUGCACUCGGCGUUGUUUUCCAAUUCGCUCUUAAUCAUGUUGACCAUGAUUUCGUCACUGACCAGGCCGCCCUGGUCCAUGAUCUUCUUGGCCUCCCUUCCGAGCUCAGUCUUCUUCGCGACCUGGGACCGCAGCAUGUCUCCGGUGGCC